AUUGGAGGAAGAAAAAUCGAAUGAUGACAAAUUGGAGGAUGAUAAAUUGACGAAUGAACAAAAUAUUUCCAGUGAAUAUGAUCAUACUUCAGAUAUAAUUAAAAAGGAUAAUAUUUUUGAAAACAAUAUAAAUGAAGAAUAUAAUAUUAACAUCCUUGAGGAUAAAUCAGAAUAUAUAAUUAAUAAUGAAUAUUUGAAAAAUUCUCCUGGUGAUAUAUUAAAUUUCGAAGAUACAAUGAAUGAAGAGAGUAGUAAUAAAAGCUCCAUAGAAAAUAAUAACAUUGAUAAUAAUAAUAAUACAGAAGAAAAAGAUGAAAAUAAUAAUGAAAAAAACAAUAUACAUAUAAAAAAAAUUGAUGAUAAUAUUAAUAAUUGUAUUAUUAAUGGUGGUACUACAACAGAUAAUGAUAAUGAAAAUAUUGAUGAUAUAAAAAAAGAUUCUAAUAAUUUAAGUACCUAUAGUAAUAGUUC